AUGGUAUACAUUUGUAGAGGUUGUAAUCAACCUAAAAAAGAACAAUGUCAAUGCAAACAACUACUAGCAACAUUAGGAACACAACAAAAACUAAUACAAGCACAACAACAACUAAUACAACAACAAAAUCCAAACACAAAUCAUAUUAUGCCAAGUCUUCAAUCUGAUGAAUUCACAACUAAUACAACAAAAUCCAAACACAAGUCAUAUUAUGCCAAGUCUUCAAGCUAA